AUGUCUUCAAAAGCAAUGUGGGAGGUCGACCCGGAGACGCGGUCCAAGCUCCAAACCAUCCAGAAAGAAUCCAACAACGACGUCUGCUGCGACUGCGGCGCCCCCUCGCCACAGUGGGCGUCACCCAAGUUCGGCGUCUUCAUCUGCCUCGUCUGCGCCGGCGUCCAUCGUGGCCUCGGCGUCCACAUCUCCUUUGUCCGCUCCAUCUCCAUGGACGCCUUCAAGGCCAGCGAGAUUGAGCGCAUGCGCCUCGGCGGCAACGCGACCUGGCACGCCUUCUUCGAGGGCCACGCCGACACGACCAUGCGCGGCAUCACCUGGGACGACGCCACGAUCGCCGAGCGCUACGGCGGCGACGUGGGCGAGGAGUACAAGGAGCGGCUGAGCGCCAAGGUGGAGGGCCGCGAGUACGUGCCAAGCGAGAAGAAGCCCAAGCCGGCACCCGUUGCGGCAGCAGCCGCCACCUCGCGGUCGACGCCCCUCGGCGGCAGCCGUACGGCCAGCCCUCUCAGCGGCUCAGCAUCCGGCGGCGCAGGCGGUGCAGGCGGCGCCAGCGUCGGCAGCGGCGGCAAGAUCAAGGUUGACGAGAAGUACUUUGCGCGGCUGGGCGCCGAGAACGCCGCGCGGCCCGACAACCUGCCGCCGAGCCAGGGCGGAAAGUACACCGGCUUCGGCAGCUCGCCGCCGCCGUCACAAAGCAACGCCAACGGCGGCAGCCUGCCCGGCUUUGAUGAUCUGCAACGCGACCCCGUGGCGGCCCUGACCAAGGGCUUCGGUUGGUUCACGAGCACCGUGAGCAAGACGGCCAAGACGGUGAACAACGACUACAUCCAGCCGACGGCGAAGCAGAUUGCCGAGUCGGACCUGGCGGCGCAGGCUCGUGUCGUCAGCGGGAACGUCGCCCGUUCGGCACAACAGGGCGCGCGGUCGGCACAGGAGGGUUUCAACCGGUUUGUGGAGGGUGGUGGGGCCGGCAGCAGCGGCGGCCAGUACCGGCCCGUGAACACGGGCAUGGAUGAGAGUAAGCGGGCGUUCUGGGACGACUUCUCGUCGAUUGCCGACAAGCCGGCGGCUUCGGCGGCCCCACGCAAGACGACGGUCGGCACGAUGGCCAUGGGCAAGGGAAGCAGCAGCAGUGGCCCUGCUGAUACUGGCGCAGGCAAGAAGGAUGAGUGGGAAGACUGCGAAUGCGCCGCAUCCAACAAUGGAGGUAAAUUCGACCUUGCCUUGGGGAAGCUUACGCCGAAGUACCUAACAAGGGCGACACAAUCUGCUUCCAACCACUUUCUCCCCGGCGACCCUCUCCCUACGAUCCCGUCGCCAUUGACGACUCGAAUUCGCGAAUUCUCGAAUACGAUCCCAACAAUGUCUGCCCUCCGGAUUCUCGUGCCCGUGAAGCGGGUGAUUGACUAUGCGGUCAAGCCCCGCGUCAACAAGGCCCAGACGGGCGUCGAGCGCGCCGGCGUCAAGCACAGCAUGAACCCCUUUGACGAGCUGUCUGUGGAGGAGUCGGUGCGCAUCCGCGAGAAGAAACGGGCCCCCGGCGGCGUCGAGGACAUUUGCGUGUUCUCGGCCGGCCCUGCCAAGGCGCAGGACGUGCUGCGGACGGCCAUGGCCAUGGGCGCCGACCGCGCGAUCCACGUCGACACGGCCGGCAAGGCUGCCGACGAGAAUGCGGCCGAGCUGGAGCCGCUGACGGUGGCUAAACUGCUGCAAAAGGUGGUGGCCGAGGAGCGCAGCAACCUCGUCAUUCUGGGCAAGCAGAGCAUCGACGACGACGCGCACCAGACGGGCCAGAUGCUGGCGGGUCUUCUGGGCUGGCCGCAGGCGACGCAGGCGUCCGAGGUGACGUUUGCCAAGGACGGCGACGCCGUGCAGGUGGUGCGCGAGGUGGAUGGCGGCGUGGAGACGCUCAAGGCCAAGCUGCCGCUGGUGAUCACGACGGAUCUGCGCCUCAACGAGCCACGGUACGCGACGCUGCCCAACAUUAUGAAGGCCAAGAAGAAGCCGCUGGCCAAGAAAACACUGGCCGACUACGGCCUGGAAGCGGAAGCGGCCAAGAAGCGGGUGAACACGCUCAAGGUUACGGAACCCCCACCGCGCAAGGGCGGCGGAAAGGUCGAGGAUGUCGAUGGUCUCAUUUCGAAGCUCAAGGAGCUGGGCGCGUUAUAA